AAAUCAAUGCUAUCACAACCGGAACCAUACAUAAUUUUCAUAAUUGAUAAACAGCUUUAUGUGGUUGAAUCGUGUUCAAUGACGCAAUAUUGAUAACAAUAUUAAUGUGUGCUUGCACAGGAUUUUAUUUUGACAAACACGGUGUUGAUCUUUUUAUAAAUUUUACAGGUAAAUUUCGAACUGUCACCCCUCUAUAUAAACUCGUCCGAGAAGGAAGUGAUCAUCACCUGUGAGACUGUCAAACACAAAACAACGUGAGUUGUCAGUGAUUCUAGAAAGAAUAAUAACAUUUGGAUAUAAAGUGGAAAUUCAGCAAAGUUUUAACCAUGCAAAACGAUAUGGAUAAAUCAUCUGAUGGGAAAAGUUCCCUUUUGGAUUCUUUGAAGAAAUUUGUGGGCGCGGUUGAGGCGAUGAACGAAACUGUGAUGAUUCCAAGUAGACUCAAAGACAUGGAGAUUUCAGCCUCCUCCAAACCAGUAAUCUCAGAAAAUAACAAUAAUGAAACUUGUUCUUCUUUGCCAGAUAUCGAACCAGGAACAAGCAUGUACAGUUUUUACAAAGUGCUAAAUAAACUUGAGAAGGAGAUAGUUUCUGGACAAUCUACAGAGGUUGAUGAUGCAGAUUCCACCGACAGCAGUGACGAUAAUUCUGAAAAUUCCGACGAUUCUGCAAAUAUAUCAGCAACUAAUUUCAAAUAUCAUUUACGGGGACUUUUCAAUUCUUUGAAUCAAAUGACAGCUACUGCCAAAGUUCUAACGGACACGUAUGAAACUGAAGUAGGACAGUGUACGAGGCAUGCUCAUUUUUCAUCGUUCGCAGUUUAAAGUAGUGGUAACUUGUAUGUGAAACACCGCAUGUGGAACAAACAGCAGUCUGAGGGUAAAUACUGUCAUGAAUGCUGAUGAAAUAUUGAAAGGAGUAACGGUACUUGAACAGAUCGCUUUGCCAGUUUCAUAAUUAUUAAGUGCAAUUUCUGUAUGUUUUUUGUUAACAUUUAUUAAAACUUUCGCACCAUGAAACUCUCCUUACUUCGGGCGUGACUAAGUGCAAGUGUUAUUGAAGUCGUUGCCACAAUACAGUAGGCAUUUAAGUUGUGAUUCAAUAUUUUUAAUACGACAUGCUUGGUAAAUCACACUUUAUUGAUGUGUUCACAUAUAUUAUUUAUUUAAUGUUAUCUAUGUUAUAUGCUUUCAGUUUCUUUUGAAUAUAAAAUUAUAAAUUUUUA